AGUUAAUGUUAUGAAUGAAUUGAUUAUCAACGCGCAGUUUAAUGAAAACAUCGUCCAAUGGAGAGUGCAAAAUAUUAUCACUUGCAGUACGUGAGAGAAAAUUGGUUUGAAGUUGAGCUUGUUAAGAAAUAAUCAGAGAAAAAACGACGUGAGCUAAUUGGCUCAGUUCGUUUCGUGCAAAUUAGUUAACACAGAUAGACCUGUGGAUUCAGUUAUUUUAGGCAUUUCCAUGCACAGUUCAGUCUGUGCCUUAUGGACGUACAGACAUGACUAGCAACGAUUCAACGAGCGAUUUCUUGGUGGUUUUACACUCUGUAGUAACUCCAACGAUAUUUUGUGUUGGCUUCUUGAGCAACACAAUUUGGAUAGUGCUUUUGUGCAGACAACUUUUCAGAUACACAGUGAAUUCGAAAACACCGAUGGUAAUGGCGUUAGCUUUAGCGGUUUGUGACUGUUGUUGGGUAUUAUUCAGUGGUAUCGGAUGGUUAAUUUGGCAAUUCUCAACUCGUUCUUCAAAAGAUUUACAAGUAUUCCGAUAUAUUCUCUUCAUAGAUGCGUUUUUUGAGCGAAUGUCGCAUCUUCUUGUUGUCUCUGCAAGUAUUGAGCGUUUUCUAGCAAUACAAACACCAUUUUUCUACGACAAAUACAACUCAUAUACUCGCUUAAUUAAACUGAUCAUAAUCUGUUCCAUCUACUCUUUUUUAUUUUCAGUUAUUAGAUUGAUGUAUGAUAUGGAUAUAUAUGAUAAACUUACUAUAUAUAAUUUUUCCAAAGAAGCUUCUAAUAUUCGAGUAUUAUACGAUGGUUGGACAUUAUGUGAGCUUGUAAUGAUGCUUAUUAUCUUAACUGUUUGCAAUGCAACCGUUAUAAACUGUUUAAAAAUACUUCGUGAGCGUCUAAUAUCUUGUUGCCCCAGAAAUUUAGAAGGGUAUCUCAAACAAACAGAUAUGGUAAAAGGAAUUCAUGCUAAUUUCAGCUAUAUGUUGGUAGCCAUAACGUGUGUUCUCGCCAUCACAAGUAUACCGUACCAGGUGCGAAUCAUAUGUAACCGAGCAUAUAUUUGGCAGUCUCGAGUCGCUGAUUACAUCGCUUCCCUGAUGCUUCGUUCCACGCCUAUGAUAAACCCACUUGUUUACAUCUUCUAUCAGAAAUCGAUAAGACAAAAGAUCAGUGCAAAGUUUUCAUGUUUUCAGAAAAUCCACCCGAUAGAUAUUGAUGAAUGACCUCUGUGAUUUUCCGUCUACCAUUCCCGAAAGGAAACCAGAACAUUUACCAUUAGUACAGUUUGAGACCAGGUAAUAGAGGAGAGGAACUUAUAUUGUACUAGCGCCACCUGCUCUGUACCUUCAUGUUUGUUUCCAAUUGAGUUGAAUGUACAUUUACAUUGGAUCUGAAUUCGAGCCUUCAUCAUCAAACCGUAUAUUACAUUGUAAAUGACAAAAAAUUGAGCAGAGUGUAAGAGGCAGAAAAAGAAUAAUUUAUUAUAUAAUGAUCAAAUUUAUGAUUAAGCUAUAAAUAUUUUUGUUGAUUAUAUAUUUUAAAAAUCAUCUCUUUAUCAAGUUGCUGUAUUUAAUUAAAAAGUUUGACUCCAUUCUGUAAAUUGAGUGAAAUUUAAUUAGACAGAGUACAAUGUGCAAAUUUAGCUGUUAUAUAUCAUCUUAUUACUAGAUUCGUAUUAAUUUAAAGAUUAUAUAAUCUUUAAAUUAAAUAAAGACAAUACACAUGUGAACAAUUAUUCUUUUAUUACUUACUGUAAUGUAUUAUGAAUUGAAUUGAAUUUCGAAAAAGCGUAGCAUAGGCCUAAGUACUGUUAGUACGUAAACUUUCUAAUAAUAACCUAUUACUCUAUUAGUGAUCCCUCGUCUAAUAGUGACCCACCCGGAGAUUAACCUAUAAUAAUACUCUAUACCAUGGGGUUACUAUUAGAGUCACCAAAACUAUAGAAAAAAUGACAUUCAAUCAACUGUUGUCCCUUUAACACGAUGUAUUCCUUAAAAUGGACAUUCUUCACAGUGCGAUUGCGUCGUCGAUGAUCCUUUCUUGAAUUUAUAAUUUGUUUUAAAUUUAUUUUAAACAUAUUUAUAGAGGAUUAAAAACAUACCAGGUGGUUGUUA